AUGGGCUCCAUCUUCUACGGCUGGGACAUUGGCCUCAUCGGAGGUGUAAUCUCGUUAGCCUCUUUCAAGAGCUACAUCGGGACAGACAAGCUCUCGUCCUCAGCUCUCGCUGAUCUGAACGGCAACAUCGUGGCCAUUCUCCAGGCUGGUAGCUUCUUCGGCGCUCUAUUCACAGGAUACUUUUCUUCGCGAUUCGGCCGGAAACCUGUCCUCCUUGCAUCGGGUGUGAUAUACAUCGUGGGCAGCAUACUACAGUGCAUCGUCGGCCUAGGAAGCAGUCAACGAGUCGCCCUUCGUGUAUUGUACUUCAGUCGAUUCGUAGGAGGUAUCGGAGUGGGCAUGGUAUCCGCGCUGGUGCCCAGUUAUGUGUCAGAAUGUGUACCCAAGUCAAUACGUGGGCGUUGCACGGGCAUGGUCCAACUGGCCAAUAACGUGGGGAUUAUGUUGAGCUUCUGGGUCAAUUACGGCUCGUCGCUCAACCUGCCAUCUGGCCAGAUGCAAUGGAGAAUGCCCUUCAUCGUCCAGAUCGUGCCAGGCUUUCUAUUCAUCUUCUGCAUGGUCUGGCAGCCCGAGUCUCCGAGAUGGCUCGUCGAGCACGGAAAGUACGACAGGGCCGCAAGGGCUCUGGGUUACGCUUCUGGGAAGUUGCCGACUGAUCCUGCAGUCCUUCUCACAUUAGAGGAGAUCAAGGACGACUUCGCAGGGAAGGAGCAAACGCCUCUAUUGAGGCAGUUCAAGCUGAUGUUCGAAACUCGCCCUAUAAUCAUUCGCUCGGUCAUUCCAGCCUUGGUCAUGUUCGGCCAACAGUGGACGGGAACGAAUGCUAUCAACUACUUCAGCCCGGAGAUCUUCGCAAAUCUCGGUCUAUCCAGCACGACCAGCGGUCUAUUCGCCACAGGGAUCUACGGCGUAGUCAAAGUCAUCGCAGUAGCCCUCGUCCUCGCGCUCGCCGUAGAACGUUUGGGCCGCAAGAACUGUCUUAUCGCAGGAGGCCUCGGUCAAGGACUCAUGAUGCUUUGGUUGGGCGGAUUCACGUCCCUUCAUCCGCAAUCGGGUAUCAUCCCUGCAAGCUACGUUUCUUUGGUCGCUGUCUACCUGUACGCCGUGUUCUAUUGCGUCGGCUGGGGGCCAGUCCCUUGGGUCGUGGCGAGUGAGGUGGCACCGAAUCACGUUCGGACGGCGGCGAUGUCUCUCGCUAUUGCUGUCAACUGGCUCUUCUCGUUCACAAUCUCAAAGCUCACGCCCAUCAUGCUCAACAAAAUCACAUACGGAACAUACCUCCUCUUCGGCUUCUGCUGCAUCACCAUGGCCAUCUGCGUCUACAUCUUCCUCCCCGAAACCGCGGGAUACGCGCUCGAAGACAUCAAAUACCUAUUCGAGAGCGACACGGUCGUUCGAGCGUUGCAGGAUGCGCCCGGCGGCAAGUUGUUCUUGGGCGGAAAGCGUGCGAUUCCGGUGGAAGAGCUGAGGGAGAGGGAGGGGCCGCAUGAGGUCGAUGAGAGCAUUAAGGCGGAUGUGGAGAAGGGUGAGGUUGAGAUGGUGGAGAAGAGGGCUGGUGGGUCGGAGGAUGGAGAGCCUAUUACGAGUGUUUGA